AUGUCGUACGCAUCCGAUGUCUACGCUCGUCUCGGCUCCGAGCUCGAGCUGUAUGACUCGCUACUUUCUACAGCCAGCACCCCGAUCGAAAAGGACUCUGAUGUUGAAAGCAAGUCGAACCUGCAAGACAGCAGCAAAGCACACCAUGAGGCGGUGCAGGACCAAAAGAGGCCCAUUCAAGAUGUUCUAGCCGCAAUCCGACCCGUUGAUGGGCCGCAUACGCUGCCGUCUCGAAAAACGCUGCUUAGCCUGCUAGACAAGCUGGAUGCAAUAGCACAACCGUCGGAUGCCAGUAUCGAGCCUCGCCUAGAGGAACUCAAGAUCGUCGCUUUAUCUCGUCUGGUGGUAGCGACAUAUGCAGUCGCUCUCGAAACGCUGCUUCAAGAUGCCAGCAAGCUCGAAGACGAGACAUGGUAUUGGACCGACAUCGAAGAGUCGACGCAAAAGACUUUGUCGUACCUGAUCCAGACUCUUCCAGUGCGUUUGCUCAACGUUGGCAGAGAGGUGUUGGAGCUCGCAGCCAACACAGCUACAAGUACACUCAAGAGUACAAUCGACACUAGCACCUCGUCAAAAGUGAGGAAAGUCGAUAUGGACACGGUGCGUGCUGCUUUACGCAGUAUCCUCGACACGCCCAACCUGGUCACCUCCAUGCUGUUUCCCUAUGCGUUCCGCGUGGAGAGAGGUAUUAACCUCGAUGCCAUCCUCGCAGAGCGCGAUGAACAGAAGCGACAGGUGGCAACUCUGCGAACACAGCUCGAUGCCAACAGUCAAGCGGGCGAUAAUCUUUCCGUCAUCUCGAAAACAACCAAGAAGCAACGUGUCAAGGCGUUACGCUCGACGCUGCAGACUCUUACUCCGACCUAUCUUGUGCGCCAUGAGGCGAGAUGUAAGCGUCGAGGAUUGGUCAACGAGCGCAACCGCCUGGCUGAGGCGCUUGGCCGCUUGGCUCUGCAGCAUGAAGCGCUGGCUGACCAGGCACAGGAGCUUGGCGCUUCUUCGACCGAUUCGACACCUUCCAAUCACAUUGUGCUCGGUCAUCUGAACGCCAAACUCAAGGUACUCGUCGAAAGUUUCGCUGAGAGCCAGAAAAAGCCCGAUACUAAAGCCGAGCAAGACUUGAGCGACGUCAAGAUCGACAUGAACGCUAGCCUAACUGCCGAUUCCACGCUCAGCACGCUUCGACUGUUGUUAAAAGAAGGCUUCGAGGAACAAGAAAAGCGAACGGAAAAAGUGCUGUCUCCCACAGUGUUUGGGCAACCUUCCGCAUUCGUUCAGCGAUGGCCCAAGCUCGUCUUCUACCCUGUCGGUCUAUUGCUUCUCGCUCGAUACCUUUCAAACAACUGGAAUGGUAUCGAGGCGAAAAUGAAAGAGGCACAGGAGACGGCGCGAAGCUUCCUGAUUGGGUGGGUGUGGGAGCCAUGCGUAGCUCUGCUUGACACUAUCCGACACGGCAACGAAGGAAGCGUAAUCAUGUCUCGUGAAUCGCUCGCUUCGGAUUUGCAAUCGCUAGAGAGGAUGGUGAGCGAUUUCACUGCAGAUAAGUAUGGCACGUCGGGUGCCGAACUCGAAGCUCUCUCUGCCAAAGUGAGGGAAGGCGAUCUCACCCCUGUUCUUCGAGUGUACGAAACAGAGAUGAAGAGUCCCGUCAAAUCGAUGGUGACCGGCUCACUGAUCCGCUCCUUGCUGAUCCAGAUUCAAAAAGCCAAGGUCGACCUGGAAGUGGCCAUGUCGGGCAUCGACAAGCUGCUCAAGAGCCAGCAGCUUCUUUUCGGCGCUGUGGGUAUUGCGCCGGCGUUGGGCAUUCUAUACAUCUCGCAGAGUUACGUGCGUACCAAGCUGUUGACGCUUAGCACAUCGAGGUCCGAGUCAUCGGGUCGAGGAUAUCAGAUGCGCGCAUGGGAAGCUAUGCGUCGUGUCGACCGACUGCUUUCUUCUCCUGCCACAGCUGAUGGAGCGCCUAAAGCAUCGAUGGAGAAGCCGCAACAACGUCGCGAUGAUUUGACGCAGGGCUUGUUACUGCUGGACCUGUCGACCUUGCGUUCGGCAUCAGGACCGCUGCUGAUGAACUUGUCAAAGGGAAAGAAGGCCGUAGCGCGUCGUUUGCAGCGUCAAUUCCUGCAAGACAUUCGCGACCUCGAAUCGGGGGAGCACAGCGCUGUCGAACGCAUGUGGAGGAGCUGGGGACAUUCGGUGUUGCGCUUACCGGCACACUAA